AUGAAUACCUGUCUGUCAUGGUUGAUUGUGAUAUUGCUUAAGAUCAUCCAAAAUGCAGCUUCUAGACAGGCACCUCCUCAGGGCUUCCGAUAUGCCUCUUACGAUGUGAUCAUCCCAAAGAAGCUGUCUCCCAAGUAUGGGCAAGAGGAACCCCAGGAUUUGAGCUACCUCCUGCAGAUUGAAGGGAAGCCCCAUGUGGUAUUCCUCAGGCAAAGAAGGAACUUCAUCCCUAGGGUCUUUCCUGUCUUCACCUAUGACACAGCAGGGAUUCUCCAGGUGGAUCACCCUUUUAUCAAGGAUGAUUGUUUCUACCAUGGAUUUAUACAGAGAAAGUCCUCUUCUCAAGUCACCCUCAGCACAUGUUCAGGAGGACUGAGAGGUCUCUUCCAAAUCGAAAAUAAGACCUAUGAAAUUGAACCAGUCCAGCAAUCUUCUACCUUUCAACACGUGGUGUUUCGGUUAGAAGUAGAGGAAGGGGCUGUCCGAAUGCCUUGUGGGGUAGGACAGGAAGAGCAGAGCCAUCAAGGGGACAUAACUCCUGAAACAGAGAAUCUUGCAAACAAAGAUAUUUUGGGAAAAUCCUGGUGGCCACAUACGAGAUAUGUUAAAGUGGCAAUUGUGAUUGAUCAUGAACUAUAUUUGCAAUUUCACAGGAAUGAAUCUUUUAUUACUAUGCAAGUUCUAGAUAUUGUCCACACUGCAAAUUCAUUCUAUGAUUCUCUUUCUGUUCAUUUGUCAAUAGCAGGAUUAAUCAUAUGGUCACAAAACAACCUCAUAGACAUUACCCCUAUAGCAGAUAACACACUUUUAUUAUUUAAUGAAUGGAGAAGAAACCAUCUACUUAAGAUUUUAAAAAAUGAUGUUGGUCACUUAUUUGCAUACAUGAAUUUUGGGUCAACCAUAGGACUUGCAUAUGUAGGAAGUAUAUGUAGCAGUUACUGGGCAAGUGCCAUUGAAUCCUAUAGAACUUUCAGUUUGUUUUUUAUUUCUGUCUUAUUUGCCCAUGAACAGGGACACAUUCUUGGAAUGAAACAUGAUGAUCAAUUUUGUCAUUGUGGAAAGCUUAAUUGCAUUAUGGUACCAUAUGCAGCAGAGACUGAUAAAUUUAGUAACUGCAGUUAUAAGGAUUAUUUCCCCUAUAGAAACACUUACUGUUUAUUUGUCCCACCAGACACUGACACAACUUUUAAAUUUGAAUCCUGUGGUAACAAAAUAGUGGAAAAGGGAGAGCAGUGUGACUGUGGGUCAGAAUCACAGUGCAGGUCAGAUCCCUGCUGUCAAGCUAAUUGUAGGUUUCGUCCUGCUGCUGUUUGUGCCUUUGGUCUGUGCUGUGCUAACUGUCAAUAUCGUCAAAAAGGAACUAUUUGCAGAGAGAAGAUUAGUAGUUGUGAUCUUCCUGAAUAUUGUAAUGGGACUUCAGAGCACUGUCCAGAAGAUGUGCAUGUGCAAGAUGGUGCCAUGUGCCAUGAAGGCGUAUAUUGCUAUCACGGGAACUGCACAACUCAUGAUAUGCAGUGCAAAAUGAUAUUCGGUAGGAGAGCAGCAAUUGCUUCUGAAAUAUGUUUCAGACAAGUGAAUAAUAGGGGUGAUCGCUUUGGCAACUGUGGGCUUAAACAUGGAAUUUACAAGAAAUGUAAUCCUGGGGAUAUCCUGUGUGGCCGUAUCCAGUGUAAAAAUAUACAAAUGCCUUCUUUGGAGGAUCACAGUACAAUAAUUCAUACUUCCACCGGAAUGAAUCAAUGCUGGGGCACUGACUACCACCCUGGGAUGAAGGUGAAUGAUAUUGGAGCAGUGAGAGAUGGUGUUCCUUGUGGCAAUAACAUGAUGUGUAUUGAGGGUAGUUGUCUCAAUGUGUCCAUUCUGAAAUCCGACUGUAAUCACAUAAUGUGCCACAAUCAGGGAGUAUGUAACACUCUCGAACACUGUCACUGUGAUGUUGGAUGGGCCCCUCCAGACUGUACCAAUACAGGCUAUGGAGGUAGCAUAGACAGUGGGCCACCUCCAGUUACGGUACAGUCUAACACUAAUAUGAAAACCUCAGCUGUAGCUGGAAUACUGUGUGCAUUUUGUUUCACAACUGUUUGUACUUGCCUGGUUGUGUGGUACAAGGAUGGAUUGAGAAACCAAUAUGGAAAAUUUCAGGGAAGAGUCCAUGCUAUGAAAUAA